AUGCUCGGUCGUCGCGAAAAUCUCCCACGCGUGACCCCAACACGUCGCGUUCGUCGUACGAGUCACGCGCGUCUCCAGCGUCGCGUCGAAGCCUCAUCGAGCGAGGUGGGCGUCGGGACGGUUUUGGAGAAUCCAUCAACGCGCGCGGCGUACGAGCUAGUCGAGCGCCUCGGCUCGGGAUCCUUCGCCGACACCUUUAGAGCGCAAACGUCGACCGGCGAUGAAGUAGCGGUGAAGACUCUCACGCUGCGAAGCGGAAAAAGAGGCGGGAUGAACGGAGGUUUCAAGGCUGUGGAGCUGUUCGAGCGCGAGUGCGCUACGCUGCGCUCGAUGCGGCACCCGAACGUGCCAGAAUACUUGGACUCUUUCUCGCUCGAUACGGCGGAUGAUCGGCGUUACGUGCUGGUGCAGAGAUUAGCGCGAGGGUCGACGCUCCAGCAGAGGGUCGAGAGUGGGUGGCGUCCGACUGAAGUGGAGAUCAAGAGCGUUUUGAGACAGUUGUUGGAGGUUGCAAAGUAUUGCUGCGCCCUGCGCCCACCGGUGAUUCAUCGGGACAUUAAACCCGCGAACGUGGUGUUAGACCACGACGGGAUGGUAAACGUGGUAGAUUUCGGGAGCGCAGCGGCAGCGGCGAUCGAGGACCCGCUCGGUGGGUUCGGAAGCACGAUCGUGGGGACGUUCGGGUACAUGGCGCCCGAAGUGAUGAUGCGACAGUCCAGUGUGCGGAGCGAUCAAUACGGCAUCGGAUCGACGAUUCUCUACCUAUUGAGCGGCAGACCUCCGUCCGGGUUCGCCAUGGAGCGACUGAAAAUUAACUUUGAUGACGUAUACAUCGAGGACAGACAGUUGCGACGCGUCGUGGAGCGCCUGCUUGAGCCGUCACCAGAGGAUCGAUGGCGCGAUCCGCAAGAGGCUCUUGACGCGCUAGACGCAAAGCCGCCUAUGGUGAGCGGUAGAAAUUUUCGUCGACGACCGAGCGAUAUCGAUGUACUAGCGCCAUCGGGUCUGGUCGCACUGGAAGAUCCGUACUCGCAGGUAGUGUCGCAGUCGGUGCGCCCAACUGGGGCGCCGAAACCGAAGACAAUGGUCACGGAACUAGUUCGCGAUCGCGGAAAGUCGGUGUCGAUCAUCAUUCCACCUUCCGGGGCGAACGGCGCUAUCCUGUACAAAGCGUUUUUUGGGAUCACGUGGACCGGAAUCACCGCGUUGUGGACAGUUGGAGUGCUCUCCGCUGGGGCGUGGUUCAUGGCGUUAUUCUCAAUACCGUUCUGGGGCAUCGGCGCGAACCUCUCAGGCGAAGUUCUUCAGGCUUUCCUAGCGAAGGGUGAGGUCUUUAUCGACGGAAAAAAUUUCCGAGUCGUCAGCGAGGGAGGCGGUAUGAAGUUCAUGGAGAAAACUGGCGACACCGACGCCGUUGAGGGCGCGUUUGUACGGGGCGAUGGCUUGAUUUAUCUCAAGCUUGAGGAUGACUCAGUGGUGCCCAUUCUCGCGAGUAUGAGUCGAAAAGAAGCCGAGUAUAUCGCGAGCGAGAUAAACGCCCACCUCGACGAGCGCCCGUAG